UAUUAUCCAGCGGCCCAUGGUGCCUCCUCAUUAGCAGUCGUAGUUAGUUACUUCGAAUAUUUUGUGUGUUAUCAAAAAUCUAAAAAACGUUCUUGUAAUUUUCGCUAGUAGUGAAAUCCUAUGUACAAUCCAUCGUUGGUACAAUCAAAGGAAAUACCGUUUUUUAUCCAGGAUUGUGUGGCAAGAUUUUCUACUAUUGGAGACAAAUUGGAGGAUUCAGCGUUUCAAGGGCCUCUCACUGCUCGACCCUCUGACUGCAGUGGAACCCCCCUCUGACUACAUCUGGGAGUCAACGUCUUCUGUGUGUCUGUGGGUGUGUGGGUGUGUGUGUGUGUGCGCGUAUGCGUGUAUAUUUUCCUGACGGCCAAGGGCAAGAUGGACAACCAAUAACAAGACAUUGUUUCACGGGGCGUGAAGUCUUCGUUAUGACAAGCUGCUGUGCAGAAGAUGUCCACCCUCACUACGACUGAUAUCGCUGAUGUUGGUCAUGAGGACGGUACGGUGUUUGAUGGGCAGGAGAAGCUGCGUCUCGACUGCAGCCUGGGCGAGGAGAGCCUCUCCACCGAAAUGAAGCAGGAGGCUCAGCUGACCACCCUUGGCCUCCCGCCGGCCGCCUCCUUCGACGACUCGGCCUCGGCAGGGGAGGCGCCCGGCCCUCUGGUCAUGGACCCCAGCGACAUCAAAGUGGACCCCUCAGGCGACACGCCGCCAGCUAACACAGAGGGCCAUAGUGGGCCGGUGAAGAGGAAGAAGGGCCCGGCCCCUAAGAUGCUUGGUAACGAGGUGUGCAGCGUGUGCGGGGACAAGGCCUCGGGCUUCCACUACAACGUGCUGAGCUGCGAGGGCUGCAAGGGCUUCUUCCGCCGCAGCGUCAUCAAGGGCGCCCAGUACGCCUGCAAGAACAGCGGCCGCUGCGAGAUGGACAUGUACAUGCGCCGCAAGUGCCAGCAGUGCCGCCUCCGCAAGUGCCGCGAGGCCGGCAUGCUCGAGCAGUGCGUCCUCUCCGAGGAGCAGAUCCGGCAUAAGAAGAUGAAGAAGCAGCACGAGGAGGAGACGGCACGGACGUCGACGGUGGUGACGCCGAACCCGCCGCCUGAGGUGGCCCCGCUCGCCCCCGAGCAGCAGGACAUGAUCGAGAAGCUGGUGGCCAUGCAGAAGCAGUGCAACAAGCGAUCCUUCCUGGACCGGCCCAAAGUCACGCCCUGGCCUCAGAGUCAGGACCCUCAGAAUCGGGAGGUGCGGCAGCAGCGGUUCGCCCACUUCACGGAGCUGGCCAUCAUGUCUGUGCAGGAGAUAGUGGACUUUGCCAAGCAGCUGCCGGGAUUUCUGGAGCUCACCCGAGAGGACCAGAUCGCCCUGCUAAAGACUUCCACCAUUGAGAUCAUGCUGCUAGAAACGUCUCGAAGAUACAACCCUGCCAUGGAGAGCAUCACUUUCCUCAAGGACUUCAGCUACAACAAGGAUGACUUUGCCAAAGCAGGUCUCCAGUUUGAGUUCAUCAACCCUAUAUUUGAGUUUUCCAAGGGAAUGAACGAUCUUCAGCUGGAUGAGGCAGAAUACGCUUUGCUAAUCGCCAUCAACAUCUUCUCAGCAGAUCGGCCCAAUGUGCAGGACCAUGACCUGGUGGAGAGGCUUCAGCAGCCCUACGUGGACCUGCUCAACUCCUACAUCAGGAUCAAGAGGCCUAUGGACCACCUGAUGUUCCCGCGCAUGCUGAUGAAGCUGGUGAGCCUGCGGACGCUGAGCAGCGUGCACUCGGAGCAGGUGUUCGCCCUGCGGCUCCAGGACAAGAAGCUGCCACCGCUGCUCUCCGAGAUCUGGGAUGUCCACGAGUGACAGGUGUCCUUUGGGUGGCUAACUUCCUCUUCGGCCUCCCUAGGAGCCGGGACAUCACUAACCCCAUGAGGAUGACACUUCUGGGGAGGUGGAGCUGGAGAGCUGGACAUCCUCUAUACUAAACAUGUCUCCUGGGCCGCUAGUGACUUUACCUAAUAUAGGUUUGCGGGAGGCUUUUUUGUUUUUCUUUUCUUUCCUCGUUUUCCACUGACCCUGUUCAUUUUCAGGACAGAGACAUGCUCCUCGUCUUCUUGCUGUAGGCAGAGGUGGAUCUGUCUUUUCUGUGGUGGGGAUAAUGAAUCGUGUCACAUGGAAGACCCCCUGACUUGUUCUGAAAUUCUCUCUCUCUCUCUCUCUCUCUCUCUCUCUCUCUCUCUCUCUCUCUCUCUCUCUCUCUCUCUCUCUCUCUCUCAAGAAUGUGAACUGGCCAAGUCCACUACAGAGGUGUUUCUUCUUCUUGUUUCUCUUGUUUUGUUUCAUUUUUCUUUGGUGGUCUUUUUACUCCCCCCCGCAAUUGUAAUUCUCUGUUAUCCUCAAGCAGGUCUUGUCACUUGUUGCCCCGUUCCAAACCCCCGGUAGCACGGGUUUAAUUUCUCCGAGACAAAUUCCAAUCAGUUCUGGCUCCAUGUUCUAAUGGGGUCCUUGACUGACUAUCGUAUUGUAUGCCAGCACAUCAGGUGGUGCACGACACGUUCAGACAUGAUACAUGGCCCUGUUUUUUAUGACUCGUAGGAAGGAACUCUGUGUUGUCACUGUUAGAAAAGAAAAAUCAUCUAUUUAGAGCUGAUAGUAAAGUUGAUGGAUUUUUAACUGGUUUCUUGCAUGGUCAUUCAUGCAAACACAAAACAAUCCAUUAGUCUUAAUAUCUGACAGACACACAAAACACAAUCAAUAUUGCACAGCUUCUUUUAUGCAUUUGGUUAAGGUUGCCGAACGUGUGAGCAUGGGCCGCUCAAUUUUCAAGAGCUACUGUAAGCCUAGAAGUGAUGAAUCCAUCGCCCUGAUUCAACAGUUCAAAAGAGCCUAACAGCAAAUGACAUUUGGUAUAAUGGCAUUUUAAAUCAAUGUUUACAUAACCGUACACCUCCUUGUCUCUCUUAUCCAGUCUAACCAUUCAUCUUUAGUAGACAUUUCUGAGCUACGUGUUUCUCCAGUGAGGCAAUGGCUUUGCAAAGUUUUAGUUGAGUAUCAGCAGUUGAACCCUCACAUCCUCUGCGCUGUCCUAACUUUAUGUCUGGGUCUGAGUGCUCCUCUGGUGUCUGGCUCUGAUUUCAUCAUUCAGUCAUCUGACUUAUUAAUUUCUUAUACAUUAACAUCAUAACACCAUGAAUUUGACCAAAUCACCACAAAUUUUGGUGAAUGCAAUGUGGAUAAAGUCUAAAUUUGCUGUGUCCCCCACUUACUUUUUUUAAUGCUUGACUAACAGAAAUUGUGGAUGUUUUUGUGCAAUGUUUUGAAUCCAGAUAAUGUCUUGCCAUAGUUGGUAGUGAUAAAAUUGAGUCAAAUAAUGAAUAUAUUUAUUACUGUACAAAGGAGCAAAGUGGUGUGAUGCCACACCCGUGAGCCAUACACAGCAAAUGUGAGUUUGUACAUAAGCUCAGAAAGUGAGAACGAAGUGUGAUCCAGUCCUCAAUAGACAAAUUUUGAAUCUACAUACUUGCAGUCUAACAACAUUUUACAAUACAAAAAGUCGUUUGAAACAGACCUUGGGCAUCAAUUUGGGAAUCACAUUUUUGAAACCAGUAUGUGGAAAUGAAUGGCAUUUAUUCAUGAAUUACUUUAUUAUCUGUCAAUUUUUUUGUUGGUUCUGUGUUUGCAAUGCGCCUCUGCAUCGGUGUCUUCCUUCCUUAUUAACGGUAUUGUGUGACCUAAAAACUAACAAUACUUAUCUUCUGGUUUUGCCAUUUGUUUGCUCUAAACAGCUGGAAGAAAAUAUUGGUAUUGAUCAUUGAUCAAUAACACCUCUGCACAGUGUUUUAGGCGACAUAAGAGCUCAGUGAUAACAUUUUCGCAAACAUGUUUGUGCUGCCGUUUUUGACAUUAACAUUUUGCCUUUGGCUUGUUUGGUUGCACAGAUGUUCAGGUUGGGUGUGACUCGGUGGGUGGGUGUUCUUGUUUGUUUUGUAAGGGUCUGUAAAUUGAAAAUGAUGAACACUGACAAAAACAACAGAUUGUUUUAUUUACCUCUGCGUUCAGUUGCUAUGAUUACAUUUCAGUAAAUGGAACAGGAUGACCUACAUGUACCUGUGUGUGGUCAGGUUGGCACAGAUGUGUCCUCCAUGGCAGCAGUGGGGGUGCAGGGUUGAGCAAUCAGAAAUGUGCAGUGAGAGGUGAUCUCCUCCCCUGUCAGGAGCACAACGCAGGGAAAACUCUGGUCUGAUCUGACCUCAAGUAACCUAGACAGCAUGGGAAUACAUGCGGUCAUUUGAUUCAUACAAAGUUCCUGACCGGUAAAAACUGACAAUGACAAAACUAUGUUACAGAGGUCUACCUUACGGGCGUAUUAUUAUGCUGCCUUGCAUUGGCAUUAAAUCAGAUUCUUUCAGAAUAAUUCCCCCCCUUAGGAGUUUCAGUCCAUUUGUAUUUGGUUAUUCACUGGACGCACACCGAAAGUUAUACACAGUGCAGUCAUUUUUAAACAUCGACCCUCACUCUCUCUCCACACGAGUUUCUGCAGGUACAGAUCUCUGUUUUCAUGUGUUAUGUCACCAGUGAGGAAUAUUGUGUCAUGAGCUCUACAUUAACUGUCUUCGAUGCGGUUGCUCUGUAUCAGUCUGCCGUAUCAGUCUUGUGCUUGGUCAGUAUAUCACGAACGUACCGUGACCCACAAAACCCAGAUGUGGAACACUCAUACUUUUGCUCUUGUUGACAUGUAUUUUUUUUCUCUCAUUCUGUAAUGUACUAAUCCAUUCAUACUGCAGUUAUUGUGUCAUUCUUGACAAUGUGACUCAAAUUCAGGUUAACAGCAGUCCUUAUUUGCACAGCCAAAAAAAAAAAGGAAAAGAAAAAACUAAAUCCAAGAUUUGUGAUCAAAUUAAUGUUUCCAGUAUAGAAUUGUUAUAGGCAUCAUUCUGAACUGAUAUGUUGGGUUGCUUAACAUGGAAACUAAUUUUCAUUUGCUUAUAGUUAAUUAAUUGUUGAUUGUAUUGAUUUUAUCAUUUUAUUUAUACACCCUGCUGUGUAGAGAGCCUUUACUCUAAUGGAUUUAACUCUCCUGGUCUAGCAUCCACUGAUGUUACCAUAGAGAUGCGAAUUUGUGUUAACGCCUUAAGUCCUUGAAUACACUGCUUUAUAUGUAUAAAUUAAAGAAGCUGAAAAAUAUACAUUGUUGUGGCAGAGUAUAUAUUUGUUGAGACGCUGAAAUACGUAGGAGACUAAAUACAUCUACCAUUGUUUUUACAGAAAUAUACUGGAUUGAAAUGUGAAACUA